AUGGCACACUGCUUGGGGCCUGUGCUGCUGCUGCUGCUGCUGCCACUACUACUACUACUGGGGUCUGCAAGCUCCGCUGGGGGGAACCGCUGCGUGGACGCUGCAGAAGCGUGUACAGCCAACGCGCUGUGCCAGCGGCUGCGCACCAAGUACGUGGCUCAGUGUCUGGGUCAGGUCGCACAAGGGAGCUGCCCCCGCUCCCGCUGCCACAGCGCCCUGCGCCGCUUCUUUUCCCUCGGUCCUCAGGCGCUCACCCACGCGCUGCUCUUCUGUCCAUGUACGAGCCCCGCGUGCGCCGAGCGACGGCGCCAAACCUUCGUACCCGCCUGUGCCUUCUCGGGGCUGGGCCAUGAGCCGCCCUCCUGCCUUGCAGCCUUGGACGCUUGCGAGAAGAGCCUGGUCUGCAGGCCCCGGCUCCUGGCUUUUCAGGCCUCUUGCGCGUCGACCCCCAGCUCCCAAGACGGUUGCCUGCGGGACCAGGGCCCCCGUUGCCUGCGCGCCUACGCGGGCCUGGUGGGCACCGCGAUCACCCCCAACUACGUGGACAACACGAGCGCGCGGGUGGCUCCCUGGUGCGACUGCAGAGCCAGCGGAAACCGGCAUGAGGAGUGCGAAGCCUUCCGGGGGCUCUUUACAAGGAACCGCUGCUUGGAUGGUGCCAUACAAUCCUUUGACAGCCAAUGGCCCCCAAUCCUGCAGGACCAGCUGGAUUCCCACCACAACCCUGGGCAGCGCCUCUUACAGGCCCCUGGAAGGGAGCUCCUUGCAGUCCAUACUCCCUGUUCUGGCUCUCCAGUCCUUGCUCUAAGACAGCAGACCUUGGACCACAAGGUCCCUUUCUUCAUAGACCUUGAGACAACUGGAUUCUCUCACUGGGGAGGCACAGGAGAGGGUCACCUUUGCAGAGGCCUCACUAGCAUCCCAAGAUUACCAUCUGGACUCCUGGAACUCUAAGAAACUGUGUCAGCCUCCCAGGCAGGUAGCACCCUAAGGAAUGCAUGGAAAUAGACUCCCUCUAGCACUGCAGCCUUUGAGGGCAUCCUCCCAGAUAGGCAAAAACUGCACCCCAGAACUAAUGUUGGCAGAGUGAUUCCUGUCCAUGAUAUGCUGCUUGGUGGGCACCCCCUGGAGUGAAAGAAUCCAGUCCCUACCCUGCCCCUGCUUUGAACUGGCACUUGGUCAUCCAUUUUCCCCCAUGGUUUCCCCAGCACUAGAAAUAGUGCUGUGCUCAAUAAACCCACAUGCACUGAGA